CAAAGAUAUCGAGCCUCUCUUCUUUCCUCAACAAACCGACUCAAAAAAAGAAAGGGAAGAAUGUCCAACGGAAUUGAGCAAGAAGUGACGCCCCGAGUCAACUCGGCGCUCUUGUCCAACUUUCAAGGGAGGACUAUUCGAUUAGCUUGUAAAUUGGUCAAGUUCAACGAUAAUGGCAGUUUGACCGUGUCAGCGGCGGAUGGCGGACAAGUCGUCGUGCAGCUCGUUGGGGAACACGAACCCAUCUCCGACACUUACCUCGAAAUCGUCGGUAAAGUGAUGGAUCCUACGACGAUCCAGAUGCGGGGUUGCAUCGGGUUGGGAGCUGAUCUUGAUAUGAAGCUUGUGAACGAUACGAUCAACCUCAUUCAUGAUGAACGGUUUUAUGGGAGGAUGUUUUCGUACUGAGCGCGGGGUCGCGUUCAGGUCGUUCGUUGAGGGCUCGACCUUUCGACGCCAACUUUCAGGAAGGCUUCUGUGAAAGCAAGCAAGCGCCAGAAACACCACCGUACCAUGUGCGCGUGUCUGGCCACCACAUCAUGAUUCUUGGACCACCUGGCUGCGAUAUUUAGCACAUCGACCGACAUACCCCAGAGCUGAGCCUCAACCCCACGUUGUCACUCCCUUUGUUUUCGCAAAUGCGUGCAUGCGCUGCUCCUACAAUCCCAUCCCAUCGGUCCAUUCACAUCAUUGUACAUUAUCUCCCAACGAAUCACUCGCCGAUUUGAAUGUACCGCUGUACUUCUAUCGCUAGCAUCAAUUUCUAAAGCCUUUGGACUCGCCCUCGGUCGUUCUCGCUUGGAAUUGCAGAUGAACGAGGGUAGCGAAGAAGAUGCGACUUUUGCAA